AUGAAAACGAUAUUGUUAUUAGUUCUUGCCUGUGCAGCAUUUGCCACAACAGAAACUGAAUACAUCUAAUUGAUUCAUAGGAUUGAUGCCACACCAUUUGGAAGAACCUUAUUCGACACAAUCUACCUCCAAUUGGAAACAGGAGAUCCCUUAGACAGAUUGUUGAACACCCUAUCAGACUUGGAAGACAGAUAUUAAUAGGAAUAGAGAGAGGACGACGCUGAGAACAGAGAAUUCCAAGAUUCAUGCAAUGUCGACAUAUCAGCUUAUGAUAAAGACAUUGCAAACACUGACUCUGAGAGAAUCUCCCUCGAAGCCAGACUUGAAGGUGACUUGUAUCCAAGAAGAGCAAUCAUCACAGGAUUGGUCACAGCAAAGAAAGCAGAAGUCAAAGGAUAUCAAAAGGAAAUCGAUGAGUUGGAUGCUGAAAGAGCUGCCCAACAUGCCGAUUUCGAAGAAAUUGCAGCUGAUCACAACACAGCCAUUGCCGUUUUGACCGAAGCCAGAAACAUCAUUAAAGCCAAUGUCGAAGCCACCUCCUCCUUAGUUUAAAAGAAAGCAACCCAAUAAGUCAAGGAAUUGUCAUCAGAACACAUUUCAUUGUUCUAGAAGCACAUCAAGGAAUCAUAGAGAAAAUUGUCACACUCAAAACACAUGUUGAGAUAUGUUCCAGUCAUGAAAUUAUUGAGUCAAAUUUCAAGCAAGGCUAAGUUUGAUGACAGCACAAUUCAAAAAGUCGUUGAUUUAUUCGACAGAUUAAUCAAUGAAGUUAGUGAUUCCUUGAGUUUACAAAGAUUUGCAGAAGACAAGAGAGUCGAAGCCUACAACAAGACAAGAAAAUUCUUGGUCAUCGCCCUCACAGUGGCUGGAUCUGAAUUAGCAAAUGCUGAAUCUGAUUUCGCAAGUGUUUCAGAUAUCAUCAGACAAGUUGAAGCCUCCUUGGAUAACACCAAUCAAAGACUUGAAUUACUCCAUGAGAGAAGAACCGACAGAUGGACUCAAUGUGAAGAAGCUGCCAAAGACUAUGCUGAUGCCAGAUCUGCCAGAGAUUCUGAUAGACAAGUCGUAUCUGAUACAAUUGGUUUAGUCAACAAAGCUUUAAGAACUCUUAGAGAAUAGCUUGCCUUAAGAUAAGCUGCUGGUGAUAAGAUUUGAUAAAUAUGAAAAACCAUAGAUUAAUAUUAA